AUGUGUUCUAAGGAGGUUCGAGGGUUUCAAAUCCCGGAUUUCCCAGCCGACAUGACAAAAUGGCAACUCGACGGAAGGCGAUACACUUGUUCGACAAGGGACAACAGCCGUGUGGUCGUGUCGACAAAUCCUCUGACAAACGCCGCCGCGUUGAGAUGUGUGAGCCUAGUGCUCUAUGUAAUUGGCUGGUGCUCAUUUGUCACUCAUCAUUUAGGUCUGCGGUCGGGCGCAAGUGUCGACGCCUUGGGCUAACAGACCGUCCGGAGCCAACUUCAACUCGUCACAUUUACGACCGUGUCAUCGAGGCAAAAACAUGUGCGCUUUUGCAGCUGCCCUCUGCAGCAAUUUGUCAGAGCUUAGAAAACGAUUCCUAUCGUGA